AUGCCAUCGCAAUCUCAAAUGGACCGAGCCAGGAGCUUGCUCCGGAAAUACCCAUUGAUAGACGGUCACAAUGAUUUCCCGUACAUGAUACGUGGAUGGUUCGGUCUGGAUUCGGACUCCUCUGCUUUUGAUCUCACAGACAUGCCCAUCGGUCAGACCGACCUCAAUCGUUUGGAAAAAGGUAUGGUCGGAGCUCAGUUCUGGAGUGCAUUUGUGCCUGGUCCCAAACACGAUAGCGAAGCAAGCCGUCUCUCUAUCUUGCACGACACAUUGCAGCAAAUCGACCUCAUUUACCGCAUGAUUGCAAAGCAUAGCAAUGUGCUUGGAUUCGCGGGAACGGCGGAGGAAUGCUUGGACACCUUUCGAUCCGGACGCAUAGCAAGUCUGAUAGGCGUGGAAGGGUUGCAUCAGAUUGGGGGUUGCAUAAGCGCCUUGAGGUUGUUCCAUCGCCUCGGUGUACGAUAUGUGACGAUGUGUCACAACGAUCACAACGAGUUUGUUGACUCUUCGAAUCCUGCCAUACCCUUGCACGGUGGACUGUCGACUGAGGGAGAGGCAGUGGUGCGUGAGAUGAACCGCAUCGGCAUGAUGAUUGAUCUGUCCCACACAUCCGAUGCCGCCCAGCACCGAGUGCUUCAGAUUUCGACUGCACCUGUCAUCUUCUCCCAUUCAAGUUGCUUUGGGUUGACACCACAUGCUCGCAAUGUGACCGACGCUGUAUUGGCAGCUCUCAAAGCCAAUGGUGGUUUGAUCAUGAUAUGCUUUCUACCGUCACUUUGUCGGAUUAGUAGAAUAGGUCCGGCUGGUCUAUGCUCCAAUGAGACUGUUACCAAGCCUGCAGAAGAAGCCCAAAUACCGGCAUCGAUCGAAGAUGUUGCGGCUCACAUCAUCUAUGCCGCAGAGCGUAUUGGAUAUCGACACGUAGGCAUCGGAUCUGACUUUGAUGGAAUGCUGGAGGGACCUCGUGGUCUGGACGAUGUGGCUGACUAUCCCGCGCUGGUAGCUGAGCUCCUCGCCAGGGGUGUUGGAGAAGGCGAUUUGCAAAAUGUUCUUGGCGGAAACAUUUUGAGAGUACUGAAGCAGGUUGAAGAACAGGCCGGACGAUUGAAAGAGGAAGUCAAUCAUGGAGACAUGUUUGAUGAAGUCAGUGGUGUCUGGACAGAUGCCCAGAGGCAGCUUUUGCUUGAUAAAGGCAAAGAACGACGAUCACAAGGCGGCGUUGACUUGGUAAUCUAG